AACUUACUUAUGUGAAAAUAGGGUUGCGUAAGCGCAUUUUACACUAUCAAUAUGAUGAUUAUAAUCACAGUUUUAAGUUCGCGGCGAGAUGUUGUUUCGCAGCGCGUUAAAAACUAAUUUUUUAGUUAUUAAACGUUCCGUGUCGAAUAUCGCACCUUUAAAUGGGAUUAGAGUAAUUGAUUUGACGAGAAUCGUCGCGGGACCCUUUUGCACUCAAAUCUUGGGCGAUUUGGGCGCGGAUGUUAUUAAAAUUGAACGACCAGGGAGUGGAGAUGAAGCUCGAAAAUGGGGCCCGCCGUUUAUUAAAGAUUCCAAAGAAAGUUGUUAUUUUAUUUCAUUAAAUAGAAACAAAAGAAGCGUUUGUGUUAAUCUAAAAUCAACGUUGGGGCAACAAAUUAUUUAUGAUUUAUCAAAAAAGGCGGAUGUUUUAGUUGAAAAUUAUGUUCCAGGUAAUUUAGAUGGUUUGAAGUUGGGUUAUAAUGAUUUAAAGGAAAUUUCUCCUCAUUUGAUUUAUUGUUCAAUCACGGGAUAUGGUUCGGAGGGGCCUUAUUCUAAUAAACCAGGUUAUGAUGUGAUAGCAGCUUCUUUGGGUGGGUUUUUACAUAUAACUGGACCAGAAAAUGGGGAGCCUAUAAAAGCUGGAGUUGCUGUAACUGAUAUAGCAACGGGGUUAUAUGCUCAUGGUGCUAUAAUUGCAGCUUUAUUUCAAAGAGAAAAAACGGGGAUUGGAAUGAAAAUUGACGCAAAUUUAUUAUCAACUCAAUUAGCUUCUUUAAUUAAUAUUGGUUCAAAUUAUUUAAACGCAGGAAAAGAAGCGAAAAAAUGGGGUACAGCCCAUGAAAGUAUCGUUCCAUACGAAUCAUUCCCAACAAAAGAUGGUUACUUUACAAUUUGUACUGGCUCUGAUCUUCAAUUUAAAGAUUUAUGUUUAAAAAUGAACUUAAAUCAUUUAUAUGAAUCAGAAGAAUAUAAAACGAAUAUAUUAAGAGUACAAAAUAGAAGGAAAUUAAUUCCUUUGUUAAAAAAUGUUUUUGUACAAAAAACCAAUAAAGAAUGGGAAAUUAUUUUUGAAAAUGCCGAAUUUGUUUGUGGUCCAGUUAAUACUAUAAAAGAAGCGUUUGAUGAUGUUCAUGUUAAACAUACUAAAAUUGUAAAAGAAUUAAAUCAUUCGACUGUGGGGAGUAUUAAAGUGGUUGGACCUCCUGUAAAGUACAAUAAUACAGUUGGUGAGAUAAGAUUAGCUCCACCUACAUUGGGAGAACACACAGAUAGCGUUUUGAGGGACCUUUUGGGAUAUGAUGAAGAUAAAAUUAAAACUUUACGACGAGAUAAAGUUGUACAAUAAAGCAUUUUUUAAUUAUUAAGAUUAUCAUUGAAUUUUAACCUGGGUUUUAUCUCAUUUUAUAUAAUCGUUUUUGUCUGGAAAUGUGUAAUCAUGUUUUAUUUACAAUUUGUUUGGGUAUAUGAGCUAAUUUUAUAAAAUAGAUAAUAAAAAAUUA